UGUCAGUGGGAUGUCGUGGAUCUAUAAGAACCGGACGAACGGCGGUUAUCUUGCGACGUGGUUCAUCUUAAAUUCUCUGUUGCUUCUGCUUGUAAAACCUACUUCUCGCCGCCCAUACUCACCACUGCUUCACUUUGGACUUCAUAAUACUCCUACCGCCAGUCCACUCGCUCCAUUCUCGUAAAGACGCCCAAAGGCACCCCUAACCAUGAAGACAUCCAUCGCGACCAUGGCCAUCCUCGUCGCCACGGCUCUCGGCCAGAAGACGACAUUUCUCUGUAAUGAUAUCAGCGACAAUGUCGUGCCGGACGACAGCAUCUGCUCGGGCGCGGGAGGCGCCCCCCUCGGCAGAGGCAUUUGCUGCAUCGCGCAGUCGAAUGCGCUCGCGAGGUCAAAAUUUGACAUCGCGUGCGAUGACAAGCUGGGGACGGUCCAGAGUACCGGUGAGGCGUGCGAGGCGUAAGGCUGUGUGGGUUGGUGACUGCUUCUUUGGAUAAUGUGUUUUGCUUUAGGAGCGAUUUCACGGUGUUCAGUUCAGUGAAUUGAAAACAUUUGCUUU